GCCUGCGUCGGUGUCGAGGUGAAUGAGCCCAAGCUGAUCGGUCAUGACGAGUGCGCUCGCACCGUCUGCUGCAACGGCAGUAGCAGAGUUUCUCAAAUCACCAGAUGAUUUGGUCAAGACAGCCGCCUUUCGGGUCAAGCUAGAGAAAGAGAAAGCGUCCAUCGAGGCCAAACUCAAGUCGGGCGCAAAGGAACAGCUUGAUGCCACACGGGACGGACUUGCCAAACUUCGAGAUUCGAGAACGUCGGUCGGACAGAUCAGAGAGGAGAUGGUCAGCAUCGAACGCGUCUCCACCGAUCCUACUGCAGUCGUCCAGGGCUUUCCCCUCAUCCAAGAGAUCUCUCAGGUGCAUCGCAAUCUCACUCGGACGAUAGAGACCGUCAACAAGCUGCGAGGGAUGUAUGACAAGAUUGAUCAGAUAGAGGCCAUGCUCGCGCGAGAGCGAUCAGAUCCACUGGGCCCCUCGCCGAAUUUGCUGCCCAUACACCAUCAUCUGUCCGAACUGGAAGCGUUUCGUAACGAGACAGUGCUACAAGCCAGUCGGUCGUCUCCAGAAACGACAAAGACGCUCAAUAGGUACUUUGAACGGCUUGGCAUGGUCAUCGAGGCUUUCGAAUCGCAUUACCUGCACCUGGCCGGAUCGCUCGUCGAGCUAGCAAAAGCAGACAACUCCGGCGUAGCUGUCAAGCUGGUCAAGAUAGCUCAGGUCGAAGGGCUACGGGAUGAGAAAGCGAUUGCUGUCAGACUCGUCAAAAAGAACAACGCCGAACUGGCAGCACGGUUCAACAGUAUCCAGGCAGACAGCAGAGUCAUCAAGCACUAUCGAGCAAAAGUGAUGACGGCCAUCAAAGACAGCGCAAAAGGUGUCGUGCAACGUCAGCAGUCCAAGUCGGUCGCGGCAACAGGAGAUCCACUAGGAUUUCUGGAUUCACUAGAUUUCUUCAUGCAAGAUCUGCUCGUCGUCGAGGACAGACUGGUCGAAGCUUUCCCACCGGAUUGGAAGAUCUACACCGUUUUCGUCAAAGCCUACCACACAGCACUGUACGAGUUCCUGAAAGGCUUUGUCAAAUCAGACCCAGAUGCAGGCGCCUUGCUGCGUGUCGCCCAAUUCGCAAAGACAUACGAAAAGACGUUGACGAAAGAGCUAUCCAUCCCGCCGGAGCUACUCCAACCGAAGCUGCUAGACGGCAGCGAGCAGACACUCGUAGACGAUUAUCUCAAGCUGAUUGUUAAGAAGAUGGAGGAAUGGGCAGCCAACCUCUUCAAGACGGAGAGCGCGGAAUACAUCAAAAGAGAAGCUCCGCCAGAGGAAGCGGCGGAUGGUCAAUACAGUAUGCAAGGAGCGGUCAUCAUGUUCCAGAUGAUCAACCAGCAAGUCGAUCUCGCUGCCGACUCGGGUCAGGGAUCCGUACUCUCUCGCGUAGUCGACGAGAGUAAUCGCGUCUUGAGGGAGAAUCAAGCCCAAUGGAUCCGAUUGGUCGAUAGCGAGUACCGCAAGCAGAUCGAUAAGCCUGAUGAAGCUGGUGAUGGCUUGGUGGAAUACACUAUUGCUCUUGCGAAUGAUCAGAUCAAGAGCGCCGAUUUUACAGAGGCUCUGCUCUUGCGUAUCGAGCCGCUCGUGUCGGAAAAGUACAAGCUCAACAUUGUCGACAAGCUCAAUGAGGCGAUGGAUGGCUAUCUUGACGUGUCCAAACGUUGCGUACAGCUCUUGAUCGACAUCAUCUUCAGCGACCUUCGUCCUGCUGUCAAGACGCUCUUUGGCAGCUCGUGGUAUAGCGAUGAUCCGAUGACGCAGAUCAUCGAGACCGUCAAGGAUUACUUGCAAGACUAUCGUCAGCAUCUCAAUCCGAAUCUGUUUGAUCUCUUCAUCGAAGACGUGCUCGAUACUUUCGUCAUCACUUACCUGACCUCGCUCAAGAAAGCAAGCAAGUUGAAGAUGCCCAAAGCGGCAGAUCGCGUUCGAGAAGACAUCCGAUCGGCAUACAACUACUUUGCUACGAUCAAAUCGACAAAGGAACUGGCGCCUUACUUUGACGUCCUGGACGCCGUUCUCAAGCUCAUCACGGCAUCAAAGAUGAUGUUCUUCCUCGACUACUUCCCUUUUGCCAAACAGUUUGGGCCGCAAUUCGCCUUUGUCGAAGCAGUCUUGCGAGCGAGAGAGGAUCUCGAUCGCAAGCAAGUAAAUGAGAUGGUGCGUUCUCUGUCCGCCCACUUGCGCUGUUCUGACGAGGCUGCGCAGAUGGAAAGCAUCCGCAAAAAGGCAGCAGACGAGCAGAUUGAGGAUCCGCUCAACUCGGUCUUUCGUCGCUUGCCCAAGUGACCAUGCCGCGUUCCUGUAUUAUGUUGUACCAAUUCUUGCAUGGUCAUGUUGUCGCUGCACUGACGCUUUGCCGUCUCGUCUUGAUGAUCUGUCGGCAUUCCUCGAGUAUCUCAUCUACGCCCUGUACUCCACUGAUCUGCCAUUCACGCAGGAUAGGCUCCCAUUCUCCCCACAAGCCAGCACGAGCAUUGGUAGCUCGCAAUCUGUCGGGUAGAUCAACGAUAGGUUGCAAGUGCUUGAUCGGAUCCAAUGCCCUCAUCGAGGGACCCGUGACCACUGCAGGCGGGAAUGCGGUGGACAGCGAAUCUGUCAGCUGCGCGAUCGCCUCGA